UUUUGUUAUGUUGGCAACAUUUAAUUCAGAAGUCUGGCUUGCGCGCUACAGAAAGCGGCAGCCGAAUUCUUAUCGAUUUUUCUACUUAAUUGGCCGAAUUCCGAAUAGAUGCGUUCUUUUUAAUUUAGGCCUCCGAUGUUCUGAAUGAGGUGGAUUGGCCUGACUACCAGACUUUUGUGGUCAGCUUGCUCACCGAAGAUUCGCAGAGUUUCGACAAUGGCGCCCAUCAUGGAUAAAGUAGACAGCUUGGUGCAGGCCAACAAGGUCAUGAUCUUCAGCAAGAGCUUCUGCCCCUUUUGUAACAAGGUCAAGUCGCUCUUUGAAAGACACAACACGGCCUUCCUUGCCCUUGAGCUGGACUUAAUGGGAGAAGAGGGAGUUUCUAUCCAAGAGGCCUUGUUCGCGAAGACGAACCAGAAAACGGUGCCUAACGUAUUCGUGAACGGCCACCACGUCGGCGGCUGCGACGCAACCGUGAUCGCCAGCAAGGAAGGCAAGCUCAAAGAAUUGCUCGAGGGAGGACCUAAAGAGUAUAAUUACGACUUGGCGAUCAUCGGAGGUGGCUCUGGAGGCAUCGCAGCUUCAAAGGAAGCUGCUGCUCUUGGUAAGAAAGUGGUUGUGUUCGACUUUGUGAAACCAACGCCAAUCGGCACAACCUGGGGCCUGGGCGGCACGUGCGUCAACGUGGGAUGCAUUCCCAAAAAGCUGAUGCACAAAGCCGCCCUCUUCGGCGAAGACUUCCACGACGCGCCUUAUUUUGGCUGGCAAUUGCCAGAGCAAGUGAAUCACAACUGGAACAAGAUGGUUGAAGAGAUUCAGAUGUACUUAAAAUCGUUGAACUUUGGCUACAGAACUACUCUGCGCGAGAAGGGUGUCACUUACGUCAACUCCUACGCAACUUUCAAAGAGCCCAAUAGGCUUCAGGCUGUGGACAAGAAGGGCAAGGUGACUGAAGUGACGGCUCGCAACUUCAUCGUGGCCGUUGGCGGACGUCCUCGCUACCCUGAAAUCCCUGGCGCCAAGGAACACUGCAUCACCUCGGACGACCUGUUCUCCCUGCCCUACUGCCCUGGCAAGACGCUGCUGGUUGGCGCCUCGUACAUCGCGCUGGAGUGCGCCGGCUUCCUGCACGGCGUCGGCCUGGACGUCUCGGUCAUGGUGCGAUCCAUCUUCCUGCGCGGCUUCGACCAGCAGAUGGCCAACCUCAUCGGCGACCACAUGGAAAGCCGUGGAAUCAAGUUCGUGCGCGGCUGCGUUCCCACCAGCGUUGAGAAGAUCGAGGAGGGCGCUCCCGGCCUCUUGAAGGUGACAGGAAAAAUGGAUGAUGGCACCGAGUACGUGGAGAAUUUCAACACGGUCAUCUUCGCCAUUGGCCGCGACGCGUGCACGCAGUCCCUCAACCUGGAGGCCAUGGGGGUGAAGCUGAAUGCAAGCAACGGAAAGAUCAUUGCUGACGAAGGAGAAAAAUCGACCACCGGGCACAUCCACGCGAUUGGCGACGUGCUUGAUGGAAAACUUGAGCUCACUCCUGUCGCCAUCCAGGCAGGAAAGUUGCUUGUCAGGAGAUUGUACACAACUAGUGAGGCUUUGACUGACUACGCAAACGUGCCGACGACCGUGUUCACUCCGCUGGAGUACGGCUGCGUUGGCCUGUCUGAAGAAGAUGCCUUGGCCAAGUAUGGCGCAGAAAACAUUGAGGUGUACCACACACACUUUCAGCCGCUAGAGUACGCACUGUCCAAGCGAGACCAGUUCAAGUCUUACGGCAAGCUGGUUUGCGUCAAAAACGAGAAUUACCGCGUGGUCGGUUUCCACGUUUUGGGUCCAAACGCCGGUGAAAUCACGCAGGGCUACGCGCUCGGAAUCAAGUUGGGCGCCACGAAAGCCGACUUUGCCAACCUGAUCGGAAUCCACCCCACUUGCGCCGAGAACUUCACCACGAUGGACGUGAGCAAGUCUUCGGGCAUCAGCGUGGCGAGCAAAAGCUGCUGAGGUUAGAGCAGCUGCCAGUCGCACCUAAACUUUAGGUCGCUGGCAGCUGCCACGACUGCUGGAUCCUCGUUAUAGUUCCUCCUGGGACUUUGUAUGACGACUGAGCUCCAAACCUCGACCAUGAGGAGGGCCCAGUCCGAGAUCGAGGCCGGCCGGCAGUCCGCUUUGCACGUUUUAUCCUUCGCUGCACACUGUUACAUCAUGCUGUAUUUGGCGAGAGUGCCUUUCAUGAGCGUUACUCAUAUUUUUUUAUCGUUGCUAGUAUUUCUGUCGCACAUAGUUAAAAUAAACUUUGUUGAGACAACACUA